CGGCUAACUUCACUAUAGUUUACAUCAGUUUACAUUGGUACGAGAAGCACGCAUCGAGAUAACCUCAAAGUUUGCACGUGCGUUUGAAUACAAGAAUAACAGAAGACGAUGGGUAAAGUAAAGACUGAGGAGAAUUUGGAUAAUUCCGUUGCCGAUGUUUCCAUGAAGGAGGAGGGCAGCUACGAAUCGAAGCUGAAGCAUGUGAGCAUCAUUGCGAAACCCAUGGCCUCGAAGAAACUCACAAAGAAAUGCUACAAACUCAUCAAAAAAGCUGUCAAACAUAAAACUUAUGUGAGGAACGGUCUGAAGGACGUGCAGAUGAGGAUACGCAAGGGAGAGAAGGGUCUGGUGAUCUUCGCAGGAGACGUUACUCCUGUGGACAUAAUGUGUCAUCUUCCGGCCGUCUGCGAGGAAAAGGAUAUACCUUACUGCUUCACCCCAAGUCGCACGGAUCUCGGAGCUGCAUUGGGCGCGAAAAGGGGAUGUCUGAUGGUCCUUGUGCGGGAGAACGAGGAAUACAAAGAGGCCUACGACGAAUGCAAAGCGGAACUCAAAAAUUUGGCCGUCGAACUGUAAAGAGCUGAGGGAUGAGAGGAGAACGUUAAUUUUUAGGUAUAUUUACGCGUUUAUUUACAGUAUUUGUAUUUACUGUAC